AUUAGGUCGGUCUAUCCCACACCCAAAAAAAGAAAGAAAAAAAUAAAAAGUAUAUUAUUAGGAAGGACCCGGAGAGUAUCCAAUAUAAAAAUGUGAGUUUUGAUGAGUCAAUGAUCAAUCAAUCAAUCAAAUCAAGAAAGAGAGAAGUAGUCUCAAAUCAGGAAUUAGUAAGGAAUCUUAUCAUGUCGUCUUCAUCUGCUGCUUUUGCUCCGGACCACCACCUCCACCACCAUCACCUCUCUCCUCCUUCAGGAGAACAACUGUGUUAUGUCCAAUGCAACUUUUGUGACACUGUUCUCGCGGUGAGUGUUCCUUGCUCAAGUUUCUUCAAAAAUGUGACAGUAAGAUGUGGUCAUUGCACCAAUCUUCUCUCUGUCAACAUUAUUCUUCCAACUGCUGCUAAUCAGCUUCAUCUCCCACAUUCUUUCUUUUCACCUCACAAUCUUUUGGAUGAGAUUCGGAAUAAUCCACCAAGUUUGUUGAUGAAUCAACAAAUUAACCCAAAUGAAUCACUCAUGCCUGUCCGAGGAGGAGUUGAUGAAAUUCCAAAGCCACCAGUCGCAAACAGACCUCCGGAGAAGCGACAGAGAGUCCCAUCUGCUUACAAUCGAUUCAUCAAGGACGAGAUCCAACGUAUCAAAGCUGGAAAUCCCGAUAUAAGUCACAGGGAGGCCUUCAGUGCUGCUGCAAAGAAUUGGGCCCAUUUUCCACACAUUCAUUUCGGACUUAUGCCUGAUCAACCCGUGAAGAAACCAAAUGCAUGUCAACAGGAAGGGGAGGAUGUUCUGAUGAAGGAAGGGUUUCUUGCUCCAGCAAACAUUGGUGUAUCUCCUUACUGAUUAAGGAAGUCAUGGAGUGUCUGUUCGAAUCAAUUGUCUUAUCUAUUUUAUGAUCUAAUUAGUUUUAUCUAUAAAAAAAAUUAGGGUUCAUGUUGUAUGUUGUCUUUGAAGAACACUCUCUAGGGUUUAAUGUGUCUUUGAAGAAGACAUUCUAACUAUUUCAGGCUGCUUAGUUUCUAAUAACGUUUGUACUAAGGAAUGUAUUCUGUUGAAACAGUGUUGUUUAUUAAUGUUAAUAACUAAGCUCUCUGAAACCCCCAA